UACAUAAUGCGAUGAUUGCAACUGAAAUUAUCCAUCAUCUUAAAAGAAAGACGGUUGGUAGGAAAGCUUCAUUGGCACUCAAGAUUGAUAUUAGUAAGGCCUACAAUAGAGUGGAUUGGGGAUUCCUGAAGGGGAUGCUGAUGAGAUUAGGAUUUGCUGAUAAAUGGAUCCAUUGGAUGAUGAUGUGCGUGACUUCGGUUAACUAUUCUGUGCUGGUAAACUCUGACAGCGUUGGACCUAUCGAACUAGGAAGAGGCUUGAGGCAAGGAGACCCACUGUAUCCUUAUCUCUUUAUUCUUAUAUCGGAAGGACUUACUACUCUUAUAAAGAGCUCGGUGGCCAGGGGCGAUAUCCAUGGUAUCCAAAUAUGCAGAGGGGCACCUAGUGUGUCCCAUCUGCUUUUUGCUGACGAUUGUUUUCUUUUUUGUAGGGCCAACAUUUCAGAAGUACAUCAUAUCAUGAAGUUACUAGAUUUAUAUGCUAAGGCGGCUGGACAGGAGAUUAAUAUGUCAAAAUCGGAGGUUUUCUUUAGCCGUAACCUGAGCACCCCAGCACAAGAGGAUCUAGCUAAAGUCGUGGGAGUCCGACACGUUUUGGGUACCGGUAAUUAUUUGGGGCUGCCAUCUUUGAUAGGCAGGAGCAAGAAGGAAACUUUUUCUUUCAUCAAGGAUCGUAUCUGGAAGCGUGUUAAUUCAUGGAGAGGUCGGUCUUUGUCCAAAGCAGGUAAAGAAACCAUGAUUAAGUCUGUUCUCCAAGCUAUCCUGACUUAUAUUAUGAGUGUCUUUCUUCUUCCGGAUGGCGUGAUCGAUGAGAUUGAGAAAAUGAUUAAUUCCUUUUGGUGGGGAGGUGGUGCUAAUAGUAAGGGCAUUAGAUGGAUGUCGUGGGAUAAGCUGACUUGUUUGAAGGCGGAAGGUGGAUUGGGAUUUCGGGGUUUUAAAGCUUUUAACAUGGCAAUGGUUGCUAAACAAGGAUGGUUUAUCAUGUCUAAUCCUCAAGCUCUCGUGUCCAGAAUAUUUAAAGCAAGGUAUUUUCCAAGAACUUCUUUCUUCGAUGCAACUCUUGGUUACAACCCCAGCUUUGUUUGGAGAGGUGUUUGUAAGGCUCGAGAGGUUCUAACAUUGGUUUGCAGGUGGAGUAUUGGCGAUGGGAGCAAUAUAAAAGUCAUGAAUGAACCUUGGCUCCGUGGCACCCGUGAGGGUUGCUUGAGUGGUCCGCAAGUGCAAGGUGCGUACAAUAUUACAGUUAAAGAUUUGUUGUUGCCUAAUACUAAACAAUGGAAUAUGAGGACUCUUCGUGAUUUGUUUGAUGUUACAGUUACAAAAGACAUCUUGCAAGUCCCUUUAGUGGAGGAUGUUAUGGUUGACCGUUUGGUUUGGAAGGAAGAACAUCAUGGUUCUUAUAGUGUCAGGUCGGGGUAUCGCAUUUGGAGGAAGGCGAGGAAAAGAAAUGGAGGGGUGGCCGUGGAUGGUAAUUGGAAUAGCUUAUGGCAGAUAUCAGCACCGUCUAGAAUGAUUGGCAUGUUUUAUUCGGGUGUGUGGAAGCAAUUUCCUCUUGGCGGGCAGCAGGAUGCUAAAUCAGUUAUUAUGGAUAUAUGCAGAAAGGAAGAUAGAAAUAUUGCUGGUAGAGUAGCGGUUAUGAUAGAGGGAUUGUGUGGAAGAAUAGAAAUGAUUGGGUUUGGAAUAAAGAGAAGGAAGAAGCUACUAAACUCGUGGAGUCCGCCGCCGAGUGGUCUCUUUAAGUGUAACGUGGAUGAGGGCUUUAACCGUCAGUUAGGAACAACAAACCGUGGGUGGUGUCUCCGCGAUGAUCAUGGGGAUUUUGUUGUUGCGGGUACUGCUUGGGAUGGUGGUACUUUAUCCAUUUUAGAAGCGGAAGCCUUAGCCCUCAAGGAAGCUAUACAAGAGGGUAGGUUAGUAAGGGUCCAGGUCUUGUUAGCUAGCAAGGUAUCAAACUCAGCUUUCAUAGCUUGUAUCCAGGCUGAAGAAGCUAAAGCUUGCUUCAUAGUGGUGGGUUCAGAUUCAGUAUGGGCUAUGAAAGCCUUGGGUUUGGUUUUCCCUGUUUUUGCUCUUGUGAGCAUGGGAUGA